ACCUACAUAUCUUUGCGAACUCUCGCUCGUCAUAGGGCCCAAGCAUCUACAUGUCCAAAGGAGUUUCAGGUGACUCCAGCGUACAGUCAAGGUUGAUUAUCCCUGAGGAGUCUCCAACCGAGGGCAGCAGGAAGCGAGUCAAGGAAGACAGGCUGGUGUGCGCUCAAACUCGGGAGCGUAGGGCCGGCUGCCAAGUUACAUACACAAAUAUCCUGGGCUCUUUUCUUUCGGCGCAAAAAUGUGCACGUAUCUUGCCUCAGGCCCUGUUCCGUUCUCAGAACCAAAUUCUGCGUCUCUGUGGCCCAAAUUCAGAAUUAAAUUCCUGAAAGUGGACACGAUGAAGCAGAACAAGCCCCUUCCGAGAGCCAGAAGACCCGACCUUGCGGGUAUCCACCUGCGGGGUAAACCAGGGGUAGGGACGGGUCCCAAGGAUCAAAGAGACACAUUUCUUUCGGACGGCCCUUCCAUCGUAAGUCAGGAGGGGCGUGAGAGCACACGUAGGCAGAAUUUCCAGAGUGACCAUAAGCCUCCUAUGCAUCCACAGCAGUUCCUUUCCGGCUACCGCGACCGUCCGCUUCACCGCCACCGACCUAUUAUGUAGAGGAGUACGCUAGAGCGGAUUUUUCAGACGUCAUAUUAAAAAGCACCGACCGCUGAGCCUUCUGGGGAAUGGAGUCUGUACGAAGGUCGAAAGUUGACUGGGAGUGCGGACGUCAGACCCCUUUGCGCAGGCGUAUUGCUUUCCCGAUCUGAAGAGGCCCAGUCUUCCCGGGUCCAGAACCCUGUGCGCCGGAGGACUCUGCCCCUUUCUAAAAGGAGAGCAGGAGGGAAUGGCUUCUGUGUCUCCAACUGCCAGAUAUCAGGAAUCAGUGACCUUCGAGGAUGUGGCCGUGAUUUUCACAGACGAAGAGUGGAAGCAUCUGGUCCCUGUUCAGAGGGACCUCUAUAAGGAGGUGAUGCUGGAGAACUAUAAAAGCAUUGUCACAUUGGGACUUCCAGUUCCUCGACCUGAUGUGAUUUUUCAUUUGAAGAAAGGGGAUGAGCCUUGGAUAGCUGAUUUUCAUGGAAGUGAGGAGAAAGAAUGUGCAAGGAGUGUCUCUCUAGACUGGGAGACUAAAUCUGAGAUUCAAAUUGCUUCAGAAAAAGAAAAAUCAGAAAGAACAUUGAGGGAAAGGCUUGGAGGAAAAGCUGCUCUGCAUCCUAAAUUGGGAGUUCAUGCAUUGGAGGAUGAAUUAGAAACAGAGAAGGAAAGCCCUGCAGUGGAGACCUGCAAGAAAUCCCAGCAGGAGAGCUUACAGCAAGGGUCAACCCCUCCCAAGAAAGUUCUCGUUAAAGAGAGAGACCAGGAAUGUAGUGACUGUGGAAAGACUUUUUUUGACCAUUCAUCCCUUACUCGCCAUCAGAGGACUCACACUGGAGAGAAGCCUUAUGACUGUCACGAGUGUGGGAAAGCCUUCAGUCACAGAAGCAGUCUCAGUAGACAUCUGAUGUCUCACACUGGCGAUAGCCCCUACGAAUGCAGUGCAUGUGGGAAAGCCUUUUUUGACCGGUCCUCCUUAACUGUACAUCAGCGGAUUCAUACUGGAGAGAAGCCCUUUAAAUGCAGUGAGUGUGGAAAAGCUUUCUUUGACCGUUCAUCCCUUACUCGACACCAGAGAAUUCAUACUGGAGAAAGUCCUUAUGAAUGUAAUCAAUGUGGGAAAGCCUUUAGCCAGAAAAGUAUUCUAACUCGACAUCAGCUAAUCCAUACUGGUAGGAAGCCUUAUGAAUGUAGUGAGUGUGGGAAGGCAUUCUAUGGUGUCUCCUCACUGAAUAGACAUCAGAAAGCCCACACUGGAGACCCUCGUUACCAGUGCAAUGAGUGUGGGAAAGCUUUCUUUGACCGCUCUUCCCUUACACAACAUCAGAAGAUUCAUACUGGAGACAAGCCAUAUGAAUGCAGUGAAUGUGGGAAAGCCUUUAGCCAGAGGUGCCGGCUUACACGACAUCAGAGAGUUCAUACAGGAGAGAAACCCUUUGAAUGCAGUGUGUGUGGGAAAGUGUUCAGUUCUAAGUCAUCAGUUAUUCAACAUCAACGGCGUUAUGCCAAACAGGGAAUAGACUGAGCUGGGUGAAAGCUUUAGUCAAAGGACCUCCAUAGAAACUCAAGGUAGGUCUUCCCAAUCUUAAAUCCAUCAUUUGGUCAUGCUACCUAUUCUGGCUAGUGACCUUUCCCAUCUCUGCCACCCAGUUUUUGAAUAUAUAGGAUGCUGGAAAUUAGGAUUUGACUCUUAAAGAGUCAACAUUUUGCUGAAGCUUGUCAGACAAUAGGAUAAAUGUUAGGAGGUUAUCCUCAGACACACCCCUUGUCUGAGGCCCCAGGUAACACUGCACUUUAAAUAACUGGAGGCUACAAUAGGAGGAGAAAGCAAAAUUAUAUGAGAGAAGCACCUUUUUUUCCAGAAUAGUUCUUUUUAUAGCUGUUAGUCCUCUCUUGGAGCUCAUUUGGCACUGACUUUGUGUCCCAGCUGUUAGGUCUCUUACCACUCCCA